CGGGCUCGGCUCCCACACUCUGCCUGUGGUACACCGACGGCCAGACGGCGCGCGCGUGCUGGUAGCGAACGCCGCUCUCCGCUCCCCUCAGCCACUGGAGGAAACGGCCUGGGGAGAGGGAAAGUGGUUUGUGCGUCGGCACGAGGAGGGCGGCGGACUCGUGCCCGGGAGCCCCCGACCUGCUCGGCCGGCCGCAGGGCUGCUCACACAGUGCUCGGCAAGGGGAGGCGGCGGGCGGGCGCCCCGAAGCGGAGGCAGCAGAAUUUUUUUCUGCAAUACAGUGGAUACAAUUUGUUAUGACUACUCUCAGUGUUAUAGGUUCAAGUUCCCUUAUUGCCUAUGCUGUGUUCCAGAAUAUACAGAAAUCUCCAGAGAUAAAGCCACUCUUUUAUCUGAGUUUCUCUGACCUCUUCCUGGGAAUAUGCUGGCUCACUGAGGCACUUCUCAAUGGAACUUCCCCAGUCAAUAAGGACAUUGUCUGCUAUAACCUGCAAGCAGUUGGACAGAUAUUCUACAUAUCCUCAUUUUUCUACACUGUCAAUUACAUCUGGUAUCUGUACAAAGAACUGAGACUAAAACACAACCAGAGUGGACAGAACACAUCUCCCCAGGUUAUAGAUUUCACUUGUCACCUUGGUCAGCUAGCCAUCAUUUUGUCAAGCUUGAUACCUCUACUGUUGAUGAUACCUGUAUUCUGUGUGGGCAAUGCCAAUGAAUGUUUUCACAAUUUCAGUCAGAGCCACAGGUGUAUCCUGCUGUACUCACCACCACCAUCCAUUGCUGAAGACUUGCCUUCUGCCAACACAUCCGUCUGUAGUACACUUUAUUUUUAUGGGCUUGCUGUUUUCCUGGCCAGCUUUCUACUCAGCCUCCUUGCUAUUGUGGUCCUACUCAUCCAAGCCCAGACACAGUAUAAGAAGUUUGUGAAAUCUACUGGUUUUCUGGGAAGUGAACAGUGGGCAGUGAUUCGCAUUGUGGAGCAACGAGUGCGCUUCUACCCAAUGGCCUUCUUUUGUUGCUGGGGUCCAGCUAUCAUUCUGAGCAUUGUAAAGCUGACUAAAACAAAGGACAGCAAGCUUCACAUGGCCCUGUAUGUUCUCCAGGCUCUAACAGCAUCGUCCCAGGGUGUGCUCAACUGUGGAGUGUAUGGCUGGACACAGUACAAGUUCAACCAACUAAAGCAAGAGGCUCGGCGUGAUGCAGACACCCAGACACCAUUAUUAUCCUCACAGAAGAGAUUCUAUAGCAGGGGCAUGGAUCCAUUGGCCUCACACCUUGCUUUUGCUACCAACACUUCUACCAUUCUUUGAAACUACAUUACUGGAACAUUCAGAAAAAGUAAUGAUACCACACAAAUGGACCAGAAAUUCUAACCAUGCCUUACACUAUGAAGUGAAAGGAAAUAUAGUGCCAUGGUUAGUUGCUAUUCUAAGUGGGUUGUACAGUUAAAGCUCCAUUAUGUUUAGACAGAAAGUUUUUGUUCAGGAAGAUGAAGCCACUUUUCAUCCAAGAAACAGACUCAUUACCUCAAUAAGUACUAGAUUUAUCUAAGUCUUACCUAGAAAAAAUAAAUUUCUAGGCUCUCUUCCCCAUGUUUGCAGAGUAAUUAGGUAGCAUACAACAGCUCACUCAGAUCUUGCCAUUGCUACUACUCUCUCUGAGCCUGGACAACUAAAGUCCUGGGUUUCUGUUCUUUUGAGAAGUUUUAGAAUUUCAGGAGAAACAAGAACAACUAAUUAAAAGUGACAGUGGUAUCCUUAAGCAUCACAUCUUAGUCUCUUAUAUCUUCCACUCUAUUGUAGAAAUUAACACUAGGGACCAUCCUGCUUUACAAAUUUAAGGCUAAUCUUUGGCAGUUACAGAUAGAAUGUUGGGGAACUUAAUGAGAUUUAAUAAGAUUUAAGAGAAAUCAUGACUAAAUAGAGCAUUAGCAAUCAAAAACUCAACUUUCAUUUACAAGCCUAAGUCCAAAGUAGGUUUCAUAGUGCCUAGAAUUAGAAUUAGGUUAAAUUAUAUGAACUUGCCAUUUUUAUAGGUAAAAAUUGUCUAAUGUCAUCAAUUUUACAUGGUUCAACCUAUGUGGGUGUGAAAUAUGUGUUUAUGCAGUAAAUAAAUUAACAAGUGAAUGAACGACUAAGUAGUAUUUAAC